AUGUGUGGUUGCCAGCCUGUUGCUGCUUCGUCUUCGUCCUCCGCUCUCCAGUCCCUGCGACGGCACUGCAAGUUCUUCAAACCUCUCUGCUGCUUCGCCGGCGGCUGCUCUGCCCGUCUGUCAAGCCUUUAACACCUCCUAUCCCUCGUCUCUUCGUCUUCUCGCUCUCGGGUACCUCUGCUCUGCAAGUAACGCCGUCCGCCUCUGCGGCUGCUGAGCUCUUCCCUGGACCGAAGCAGAAAAGUCAGUCGAACGCCAAUAUGAUACAUUUGAAAUCAAUCUCGCGGCACGUUUGGGCGAGGGCUGCACCAAUGUCAUCAACGCAGCUGUGCGGCUCAGCUCAGCAAAAGUCAGUUUAUUUGCUCUCGCGUCACUUCUCCACUGAAGGCUGCUCGUCGGCGGUAGAUGCUGAUGUAGAAAAAAUUUAUCAGAUUAUGAAUAAUUCUGCGUCUCCUGACGAUCUGCAACAGUCAUUACGGGCGAGCAAUAUUUUCCCAACUAAUGAUCUGAUGGACAAAGUACUUAAAAGGGUCAGGUUUAGCCAUGGGAAUCCAUUGAAAGCUCUCCAGCUAUUUAGGCAUGCUAACAGCAGAAGAGGCUUUUAUCACACUGCUUUUUCGCUGGACACAAUGCUGUAUAUAUUAGGUAGGAGCCGGAAAUUCAGUCUGAUUUGGGAUGUCUUGGUUGAAAUGAAGAGGAAAGACAGAUCGAUAAUCACGAGGCGGACUGUGAUGGUGGUUCUAGCUAGAAUUGCCAAGGUCUGUUCGGUCAGGGAAACAGUGGAGUCGUUUAGAAAAUUCAAGAAGUUUGUCCCUGAGUUCGACACAACUUGCUUCAAUGGGUUGCUGAGGACCCUUUGUCAGGAAAAGAGUAUGAGUGACGCGAGGAAUGUCUAUCAUAGCCUGAAACACGAUUUUCACCCCAAUUUAAUGACCUUCAAUAUACUUUUAUCAGGAUGGAAAUCAGUAGAGGAAGCUGAGAGCUUUUUCGAGGAAAUGAAGGAUAUGGGUGUGAAACCUGACAUUGUUACAUAUAAUUCUCUCAUUGACAUGUACUGUAAAGGUAGGGAAAUGGAUAAGGCAUACAAAGUUGUUGAGAAAAUGAAGGAAGAGGAUAUAAUGCCCGAUGUUAUCACUUACACGAGUAUAAUCGGGGGCCUAGGCCUAAUUGGUCAGCCAGAUAAAGCUCGGGACGUCCUCAAGGAGAUGAAAGAAUACGGAGUUUACCCUGAUGUUGCAGCCUAUAAUGCUGCCAUUAGGAACUAUUGCAUAGCAAAGAGGCUCGGGAAUGCCUACAGUUUAAUGGAUGGGAUGAUUUCUAAGGGCUUAAGCCCGAACCCGACUACAUAUAACUUGUUCUUUAGGGUUUUUUACUGGUCGAAUGACUUGCAAAGCUCUUGGACGUUUUAUGAGAGGAUGAUGAACGCUGGGUGCCUUCCUAAUACUCAGAGCUGUAUGUUCUUGAUUAGGUUGUGCAGAAGGCAGGAGAAGGUUGAGAUGGCCUUGAAGAUAUGGAAUGAUAUGGUGGAGAAAGGGUUUGGGUCUUUGACACUUUUCUCUGAUGUGUUGUUUGAUUUGCUUUGUGAUAUGGGAAAGUUGGCGGAAGCAAAUAAGUGUUUCUUGCAGAUGGUGGAGAAAGGGCAAAAACCAAGUCAUGCUUCGUUUAAAAGAAUCAAGGUGUUGAUGGAAUUGGCCAAUAAGCAUGAAGAUCUUCGGGUCUUGUCGGAGAAAAUGGUCACCAGUCCAAGCCUUGGAAGUAAAGCUUUCCAUGCUGAAGCUGUACAGUUUCCACAAUGGGGGAAUCCAGGUUGAGGCUGUCCUCCUCUGUUUGUGUUGGGAUUAGAUUGAGGAGUCACUCCUGAGAAGAAUAUCUGAUGAGCUCAUAGUUCUUUCUUUUACAUAAUCAUCAUUGCUAGAUGAGCUCAACAUCUCCCAAGAUGGAAUAUGACCAUGUAAAGAAGCCAUGAUGAGCAUGAGCAAAUUUGUGAUUGGUUUCUGCCUGUAUUAGCUUCACAGGGGUGGGUACCAUGAGGCAUUAGUUUCAGACCGAAUCGCCAACCUUUAACAUCUGUGACAGUUGCGAGGGGAUCUUGUGAGCGUAAGUUUUUGGGUUGGGUUGGCUCAUCGAAUUAGUAGAUGAAUGCGCAAUCAGAAGAUUGACCUUAUGUACUCUGUUCUCUCUUCAAAGCAAAAAACCCAAGAGGUGGCUGCUGGGAUCACCAUAUCCAGCAUUCCAGGAUUAUAGGGGACUAUCAGCUCUGAGAAAUCUGGGAAGAAACCGAGAAUUGGUUUGUUAUCGAGAACAAACACUCCACCCACCGCCUCAGUUCAUGUUGAGCAACGAGGAGUUUUGGGAUACAAUCUGCUAUGAGAGCCAUGUAAAGGGGCUGCAAGCCUGCAACUCUUGCCUUAUAUCCUCACCAGCAGUAACCAGCCCGUGUUUGCAGGAUGUCAAAGCUCAACAGCGUGAUAAGCCGGGGUGGGCUUCACAAUGAGUCCUGCAAAUCAAAUCGAUCUAUUGAUAUAGAGUUACUACUUGUAUUCUGCGGAAGCUAUGACCUUGGUAAGUCAUUAUGCCAAUUACGGUAUUGGUCUCUCUCUCUCUUUCAUGGGCAAAUGUAUGAUCUGCUGGUUCCUUACAGAUGUUGCCAAUCGGUUCAUGUUCCGGUUCGCUGGUUUGUCAUCAGAUAAUCUUGUUCUUAUGGGUGAAAACAAUGAUGACGACUCUGACUUUGAGAUUUCUGGAAAUGGGUCAUCAUCCGUCGAACUUUUGA